AGACUGAGUGUGCUCUCCAUGAAAAUUCUUGUUCUACAGUGGACAACACUGGAAAAGAAGGACCUUAUUUGGGUGACAAAGAAGACCAUCAAAAGGAGCUGAGUACUUGUGUUUGAGAAAUCGCCUUAUUUGGGAAGCUUGAAUACGGGGAAAGAAAAUCCCAUUAUUACUGAUGAUAAACCAGUUGAAAUAAUUCCAUCAGGAGAUGACAUGAAAACUAAGCAACAAGAGGCUGGAGAAACAGAAAAUCAAGCUGUCAAAUCUGCUAAAAAGAGAGGAAGACCACGAAAAUCCCAUGAAUGUUCAGGCUCUUUAUUGGAUAACACUAAAAAGGGGAGACAUUGUUUGAGCGACAAACAAGACAAUCGAAAGGAGUUGAGUCCUCGUGUUGAGAAAUUGCCUUAUUUCAGAAGCUCAACUAUGGAGAAAGAGGCUGGCAUUUCUAAUCGUGAUAAACUAGUUGAAGUAAUUCCAAAUGGAGAUGAUAAGAAGACUAAGGAACAAGAGGCCGGAGAAACAAAAAAUCAAGCUAUCAAAUCUGCUAAAAAGAGAGGAAGACAACGAAAAUCCCGUGAAAGUUCAGGCUCUUUAUUGGAUAAUAAGACUAAGGAACAAGAGGCUGGAGAAACAGAAAAUCAAGCUAUCAAAUCUGCUAAAAAGAGAGGAAGACAACGCAAAUCCUGUGAAAGUUCAGGCUCUUCAUUGGAUAACAUUAAAAGAGAGAGACAUUGUUUGAGCGACAAACAUGACAAUCGAAAGGAGUUGAGUCCUCAUGUUGAGAAAUCGCCUUAUUUCGGAAGUUCGAAUAUGGAGAAAGAGGAUUACAUUUCUAAUUGUGAUAAAACAGUUGAAGUUAUUCCAAAUGGAGAUGAUAAGAAGACUAAGGAACAAGAGGCUGGAGAAACAGAAAAUCAAGCUAUCAAAUCUGCUAAAAAGAGAGAGAGAUCGCAAAUAUCUGAACUUUUUGUCUCAUGUCCCAGAAAACGUAGAAAGGGUUGCCCAUCAAGAUCAAAUUUGGGAACUUCAACGAAAAUAGCUGAUACAAAAAACUCUGAAGCAAUGAUAAAAGAGCUUGAAGUUUGUGACAUGUCAGGGGAUUCUGAAGGAGUAAAGGGAACACAGGUUGAGAAUUCUUUCCAGUCUCCUAUAGAGAAUGGACAAAAGGGUGAUGCUGAAACAAGCAGCGAAAUAAAGGGGAAUGGAGAACAUCCUGAACACCCUAAACUACCAGUCGCAGACUUGCAAACCGCGAGAGCAGGCGAAGAACUUAGUGCAGCUGGUGGUGUUUUUGCAGAUUGUGCAACUGAAAAAUCUGAAUUACCUGUGACCACAGAGGUUAUUUUAACAGAUACACUAGAAGAAGGAACAACUCUAGUCUUUCCAAAGCCUAUGAAAAUUUCCUCUGAUGAUCAAGCUUCAUUAAUGCACAUUGUGGAAACACAUGCUCCAACAAAUGUAAGCGAGUCAGGUAAUAUUGGGAGAACAAAUGUGCAAAAUUUUCCUUUUGUGAAAAGCUGUCCAAUUUGGGAAAUAAUUGAAUCGAUGGAAGUCUUCAAAAAACUGCCACAAAAUCCCAAUUUUCAACCCUUAAUGAAGUGUAAAGCGUUGAAACGAGAAGGAGCAGCUAUUGCACACAUGAUGAACUUUGCCUAUGUGGUCGAAAAGAUUUCCAAGCUCCAAGAAAAUGAUUCUAGACAAGACUUGGAGAGUAUAAUGGAAGAACUGGCUGAACUGGAAGAGAUGGGAUUUGAUGUCAAGGUCAUUUGGGGUCGUGUUACUGAGUUGGUUCAGGUUAAAGUUGAGUUGGAAAAACUUAUGCACAAAUCGAAUGGAGUCGAAACUCGGAUCGAAAAAUGCAGCAUUGAGAAGACCGAGAUUGAUGGAGAGGUUGCUGAUAUUGACAAGGAGCUGAAGAGAUUAGAGGAAAAACGGGCAAAGCUAAUGUCGGAAAGGAUGGACAAAGAUUCCGAAGAGUUUAAGUUGAUUUCAGAAGCCAAUGAUAUCAACAUAGGCAUUUCAACAACAAGGGAAAGAUUCAGAAGCCUAGUUGUGACACCUUUUGGUGCUUGACCAUUGAGUUUAACAUGCACAUAUUUGUCUUCAUACAGUGAAGAAUUUCAUCUUUGGGUGUUUUGAGGUUCUAUAUACAUAUAUUUUGCACUUUUGUCCCGGAGUAGACAACAUAACCUACCGCUAGUACAUGUAAUCAUGAAAUCUCAAACUGGUUAAUACAUUUUGCUACUUAAAUCGGUUUAUCCAUUUCCA